CGCACACUGACCCCAGCUGCCUCAGAGACUCCUCCCUGGUGAUGCAGUGGAAUGGUGCUGCCCCACUCCUGGGCUAGGCCACAGAGCCUCUCAGACCCCCCAGGACUCUGGAACACCUGUGGGGGCAGCCAGACCUGAGGAGGGGCGUCAGCCACCCCAAGGCUGCUGUGCUGUGAGGAAGCCGUGUGGGGAGAGAGGCUGCGCUCCAGCCGUCCCAGCCAUCCCUGGCGGAGGAUGCGUGGUGAAGGAGCUGUCUUGGACCCUCAGCCCAGUUGACAGCCCACCUAAUGGCAACUUUCGGCAGCCCAACCACCAUCUGACAGCCCUUGCUGAGUGACUCUGAGUGAAAACUGCCCCUCUGAGCCCAGUCAAACCACAGGACCUGAGAGAUCAUAACUAAAUGUCCUUUCAGGCUGCUGAGUUUUGGGGCCGACAACUGAAAGGCUGUGCUAAACCAAACCACUCUCUCCCCAGUCACCAGAGCCUGGCAGUCGUUCUGGAGUCUUCACUCCCUGGCCUCCCACAUCCAGUCAACACUGAACCUCAUUCUCCUCCCAGGCAUCUGCUUCUCUGCUCCCAUCCCCGCCUGCAACACCUUGACUCAGCAGCUCCAGCCUCUCAUCCCAUCGCACCUCGUGCCCGGAGCAUUCUCAAACACUCACGGGGCUUGGCUUACCCAUGCCUAAAACCCUUCCUGCCCCUGAGAGCUUGGAUUUGGCUCCCAGCUCUCCAGGCUCUGACCCCUCCCACCAGCUCCCCAACACCCGGUCGGUGCCCUCCUCCCAACUUCACCCUCUCCCUCUGCCCGGAGAUCUCUCCUCCCUCACCUCACCUGCAGAACCCGGACUCCUCUUCACGGUGCAGCACGUCCUCUCCUCGCUGAUCCAGGUCCUCCCUCCCAGGGUCUCCACCCCGGUCCUCAUGGUGUCUACCACACUCUACGCCAUCUACUUGUUGAUGGGUCCAUCUCCCAGCCUAGACCAAGAACUCCUAGGUGACAAGCGACACACCAUCUUUUCCUCCACAGAGCCCAGCUCAAUGCCUGGGACAAAGUCAACGAUAAAUAAAUCAGUGAAUGUUUAUUGAAUGAACAAGCUGUGCAGAAGUAAACGAAGACCACCCUAAUGAGAAUACAUCACUCCAAUUAAAGCAUGCUGCCCCAUUGAGAACACAUCCCCCCAACGAGAACACGCUGCCUCAAUGAGGACAGACCACCUCAAUGAGAACAGACCCCCUCAAGGAGAACAGAUCACUGCAGUGAGGACACAUAGGCUAUUUAUCCAGAGCCAGGGAGUCAGCCUCCAAACUUGAUCAGACCCACAGGCAGCCAGGAGCGGACGUGGAUAGUGGAAAGCGGCUGCUCCAGGUGCCUGAGGGGGGUGUUGAGGGGGAAGCGGGGUCUGCUAACCAGGUGGAGGGAUCCCAUGUGAUUGAUCAGGGGGCAUAUGUGGCCUCUCGGGCUGGUCCUGGGUUGUAAUGGGGCAAUCCAGGGAGGCUGUGGUCACUGACCACUGGGCCGAGUGCUGUGGCUGGCUCCCGGGGCUCUUAUGUGGGCUGGAGGGAGUCCCACUGUCAUAUGUGGCUCAGCCAUUGCCCACAGUACAUUCAGUCUCUCACGCGGAAGGAUGACAGACUUCCUCAAGGGCAGAAGGCUGGGGCAGGAAGGAGGAGGAGCAGUCAGGAGACGCUCCAGUGAGUCUGCAGCUUCACCUGGCUCCCUGGAACCUGGCUCCUGUGUGAUCCUCCACUUUGGGGGUUGGAGUCUCUUCUGGAAUUACAGCCUGGCUGGUCUCACGUCUACAGAGGAGCAGGUGGGACCCAGGAUAAAAAGCUCGUGGAGCUUGCAGAUCAGCAGGAAACUAGAAAGGGCAGUGGUCAGCACAACGUGAAGGAGGAAGCCCAGCCCGCAACAAGCAGUGGCUUCUCCAGAACUUUCCACAGCUCAGGAGUUGGCCCGUCACUGCACUCAGACCCACAGGCCUGCCACCCGAUGGCGUGCUCCCAGCAUCUGCUGCUGCUGCUGCUGCUCUUGGGGCUGGCCGAGUUCUUGGUGUUCAAGAGGAAGAACGUGCUGCUGUUGCACAAGGUGAUCGGAGAGCCCUGCAAACAGCACUCGGAAUGCCGGAGCCACUGCUGCGCCACGAACAGCCUGAACCCGCAGCGCUUCUGCACCCCUCAGACCAUCUUCCUCCAGUGCCUGUCGUGGAGAAAGCCGAACGGGUACACCUGCAAGGACUACCACGAGUGUCGGAGCAGCUGCUGCCUCAUGGGCGGCCUGGACAAGCAGAGGAUCUGCAGGCCCAAGACCGUCUUCCUGCAGUGCCUGCCGCUGCGCAAGCCUAACUGGGAGUACUGCAGCGACCACAGCGAGUGCCAGAGUCAGUGCUGCAUCAGGCUGAACGAGGUCAGCCCCCAUCGCUGCAUCCCCAAGAGCGGACUCCUGGUCCAGUGCCUGCCCCUGUGACGUGACACGACUCUGCACUGAGGAGCCGACCCGGACCUCAGAGAUGCUCACUCUGGAUCCCGUUGUGCCUCGGUGUCGGCGGGAGCUCCACUCAGGCUCACACUGCUCCUUCCGGGCUGGCAGAAUCUCCAGGUGUCAGACACAUCCGUCUCUGUCUCUUAACGGUAGCUCCUUGAGGCCACCAUUGAAGGCGUCCAUGAGAACAAAUCGCAGCUACUGGACCCUGAAACUUAGUGACUUAGUAUCAAUAAACACUACUGAUUGAAA